AUGGGUGAGGCAAUACCCAAGGGAGUGAAGGAUCUAUGGGACAAAUGGAACAUACGUGGCCUAGUGAUACUCAGUCUUGUCCUUCAGACAAUCCUGGUUCUUCUCUCUCCAAACCGGAAACGAACCCACCGGUGGUUUUUCCAGUUUCUCAUAUGGUCGGCUUACCUUUUAGCCAACUGGGCAGCAGAGUACGCGGUGGGUCAGAUCGCAGAGAGCCAAGGAGAAGAACCACAACCCAAGAACAACGAUCUUUUAGCUUUCUGGGCAACUUUCCUUCUCUUGCACCUUGGUGGUCCCGACACCAUCACGGCUCUUGCUCUCGAAGACAAUAACCUCUGGCUGAGGAGCUUGUUCGGUCUCGUGUGCCAAGCAAUCAUCACUCUCUACGUCUUCUUGCUCUCCAUACCCAACAAUCUCUUGGUACCAACAUCGCUCAUGCUCGUAGCCGGAGUCAUCAAGUAUGUUGAGAGGAUAAAGGCACUGCGCGGUGCGAGCCUUGAAAACUUCAAGGACUCGAUGCUCGAGGAGCCUAAUCCUGGACCCGAUUACGCGAGGCUCAUGGAGGAGUAUUCAAUUAGGAAGAUUCUUAGAGAGCCUACCCAGAUAGUUAGGAUCGAAGAAGCUGAGAAAGGUCAAAGACCCGAGGAUUUUGUGAGGCCAAAGAGAAAGCUGACCGAUCUUGAGGUUGUCCAAUAUGCUUAUAAGUACUUCAACAUCUUCAAAGGUCUUGUGGUUGAUCUCAUCUUUAGCUCUCAGUCUGAGCAAUGGAACAACAGCAAAGCAUUCUUCCUCGCGUCAAAGUCAGAGGACGCUUUGAGGAUUCUAGAGGUAGAGCUCAGCUUCAUCUAUGGCACCUUCUACACCAAAGUCGACAUUCUCCACACCCGGAUCGGAGUUGCUUUCCGCUUCCUUGCCUUGGUAUCCGAGGUUUCAGACAGGGCAGAGAGUGUCAGCGAGAUACAUUCAGCAAGAGGAGAGUGGGUGUUGCGUAACGCAUCAGUUGAAAAAGCCAGAAAUAGGCCAGAGCGCCUGAAACUACUGUUGCCUUACGUGACUCAAGUAGACUAUGACCAGAGCAUUCUCGUGUGGCAUAUAGCCACUGAGCUCUUGUACCACACAGAUGGAGGCAACGAAACGAACCAUAGUGAGCGUGAGUUCAGCAAAAUGCUCUCAGACUACAUGAUGUACCUCUUGAUCGUGCAGCCUGCUCUCAUGUCGUCAGUUGCAGGGAUCGAUAAGAUCAAAUUCAGGGAAGCUAUAGCGAAAGCUAAGAAGUUUACAGAGGCUAAGAAGUUCUUGGUGACGAAGAAGCUUGAGGGUUCAAGAAACGCAAAAGAGGUCUGCGAGGAGAUCUUAUCUUCCCUCGAGGUGGUUAAGGAGAGAGGAGGCAAGAGGUAUCAACGCAAGGAUGUGCUCGCUGAUUCAAAAAUACUUGCAAAUGCGCUUAAGCAGCUAACCGGGGUAGGAGAAGACGAAACAGAAGAAGUGAUGUGGGAGGUAAUGAGCAAAGUGUGGGUGGAGAUGCUUUGCUAUGCAGCAAGUCACUGUGACCCCAAACAGCAUGUAGCACAACUGAGCGGAGGAGGUGAAUUCCUCAGCUUUGUUUGGCUUCUGAUGGCUCAUUUUGGCCUUGGAGACCAUUUCCAGACAACAGAGGAGAAUGCUAGAGCCAAAAUGAUUGUGACCAGGUGA